GUUUUAGUUUAGCGCUUCAGUUCUGUUCUUGUGUAGUUUGGUUUGGAACUGUGAAUUUCUCGAUCUCCUUGGACUAACUGUUAUUUUGGAAUCCUACCAUCUUUUGGGAUCUUUUUUGCUCCUAUUAAUUCGAAUCUUUGAACACAAGGCUGAGCCAGAGGCCGGCCCAGAAGGAAUUAUUAUAGAUAUUCCAUGAGAAACUAAAAGCUCAACUUUAAGAACCAUGAAGCUAGCUUGGAUGUUCUGUUUGCUCCUAGCGGGAAAACUAUCAACUGCUUCCCCUGGAGAAGAGAAAGCCAUAGGCGGAGAAACCAACUCGGAAUCCAGUUACAUGAUGGCAUUCCCAAUGGAUGAUGACCAAAUAGCUGAAGAAAGUGCACAAGCAGCUGUCAAAAUGCUAGCCGAAACUCUAGCUGAAGCUGACAGUGAUGAUGAGGACGAUGAACCUGCCGAGGUUGAGGAAAAGAAAGAAGAAGAAUCUUCUACACCUGCCCCUGAAGAGAAACAGGAAGACCAGACAGAACAGCCUGAGCCAAUGGUCAUUCUUCAAGCUCAAUUGGACACUGAGGAAGAAGCUCAAAAACCACCUAUGCCACAAAGACCAUUCUUCAAAAGGCCAAAAAUCGAAGAACUUAGAAAAAUUCUAGGUUUCCCACCCCCUGAAGGACCUGCUUCCAAAGCCAAACCUAUUCCACAAGAGAAACCUAAAGUUUUCCAAGGACUUUUCAGUAAGCCAAGACCAAAAUUUGAACCAAAAAUAGAGCAGUCGCCAUUAGGUGGAGUACAAAUCAAUUUGAGAAGAGAAGAUCGCAUGAGACCGUUCGGUUUCCCAAUGCUCCCCCUGAAAAGAGACGAUAGCUUUAGGCCUUUUGGAAUUCCAGACCUUGUACAAGCAGCUUCUAGUCUUAUUCGCAGAGCAAUAGUUGAUGACAACAAUGAAAAUGAUAUCAGCAAAGAUGAUAAAGAAGAAGAAGAAAAUGCAAACCAAAGUGAACCCGAAGAAAGUGGCGAGGAAGAAGAUGAAGAAUCUCUUAUGAUCGUUCCGAUACCAGACUCCAAAGAAAUGAACCCCGAACGACCUCCUUUCUUUAGAAGAUUGCCUCUACCUUUACCUUUCCCUGUAUCACGACAUUCACAACAAAACAGACCACGACUACCUUUACCACCUCUUACACCAGUUGCUUUCUUCCUACCCAUAGCUCAACAAAUUAUGCAGAAUAUUCGAUCUCAACAUCCUAGAUCUCAACCUCCCUUAGUUCCCAUUGCACCUAUGCAUCCAGCACAAAACUUCAUUCCAAUUCAAACCCAAAACCAAAUUGUUCCUUUUCACCACGCAAUGCAACAACAGCAAAUAAUUCAUAUACCUCAACCCUCACAACACAUUCCUCUCUUUCACCAACCUGCACAACAAUUUAUGCCAAACAUUCUUUUACCUCAAUCUGCUCUUCACGUACCUGUACUAACACCUCUUCUUCCUAACAUGCAGCGCCCUGCUAUGCGACAAAUUCCCCGUAGACUACCUGUUCACGCUCAACCCCCUCAAAUGACCCGCAGAAUACCCUUCCCUGCUCAAAUGAGCCGAGUGUCUGCACCACCUCAACCCCAUCCUCAAAUGCAACCACAAUUCAUAAAUCCAAUUGUUCGACGUCCCCUUCAAGCUGCUGCAAAUAUUCGUUCGAUGCAACGAGUUGUUAGACCCCCAAUGCCGCCUAUGCAUCCAGUCAUUCUUAUGAUGCCAAUGCCAGUUCCUAACAUGCACGUGCCAAUUGCUCAACAACAGCAGCAAAUUCCAGUCUACCACAGGCCACAACACAUUCAAUUUGUACCUCAACCUCAACAUGUCCAACCUAUGCCUCAACAGCGUCAAUUCUUUCAAGCUCCAGAAGAAGAACGCGUCAUAUUCUUGAGACCAGAUCAAGAAGAACAGGAUGACGAUCAAGAAGUUCUUAUACUUGUUCCAAGUGAUGAGGUGGAAGUCACUCAAAGGCCACCAAUGUUGCCACCUCAACUAGUCAGGCAGGUCCCGACCCCAGUAGUAAAUCCUCUUCAAAGAAUUAAACUUCUUAGAGAUUUAUUGCUCGCUCGUCAAGCCAACCGCCAAGCUAUGAUGCCCCCUCAAAAUCGUCCACCCCGAGUUGUAGAAAUCGUGCAACAGCAACUUCGAAUUUUCCCUGCUCAUCAUCAACAAAUUCAUCCAUCCCAACUCCAGAGAGCGGAUCCAAGUGAACUACACCCAGUUUACGUCCCAUAUCCAGGACCUCAGUGAGGACGUGAAAUACCCUCCUGAAAGAACUUAUUACCACAUUCCAGAACAUUAAGACCAUUCCACAUGUCUUCUUGUAACAUUCCAAAAUUGAUAUUAAUUUGACAGCAGGGAUGUCAGAUUAGUUUAUGUGAUAUACUCAUUAUUCCUUUGUUCUAUAAUGCUGUUACCAUCUCAUUAUUGGGUGUUGAUAAGGGAAAUUUUGUGAGCGUAUCUUUUGACUUCAUAACUCUCAAAUUAUAAAACCAUGCAUAUUUUAUGCUGAAAAAAUUUAACCUCAAUAAAAAUUUUCUAUUGAUUUGACAAGUAAUUCGCAAAAAAAAAAAUUUGAACAUUUUAUUUUCUCUGGCAUCCCUGUCUUAUAAAAUAUUAGUAUUUUCAAAGAUCUCUUAUUUUAAAAUUAUUAUAUGUUUGCUUGUAUUAUUUUAUUUGUUGUAAGAAUUUUAAAUUUUAUUUCCUUUGAAAUUUUUUAAAAAUAAAUAAAUAAGAGAAUUUUAUAGUGUUUUUAAGAAAGUAAUAUUUGUUUUUACACUUCAGAAAAAUAAGUGUGCAUGAAAAUCAAAUUCGUUUCUGAAGUAUAAAAUAUCUUUCUCCUGAAAACUGUAUGUAAUUCAUUAUAUCAUUGAUCCAUGGAGUCAUGACUUGUAAAAUGAAUCAAAAUCGUUUUUAGCGCACAUUGUAUUAAAAAGAUUCUUGUUCAAAGAACUAAACAGGACCAAAGGCCUGAAAUGUAGAAGUAGUGUUUUAGAGUUUUUACCAUCAUAUCAUGAAUUGUACAAUCAAAUUCGCAAGUGUGUAGAUUGCACAGGUUACUUAUGUGUAUAGAAAUUAACAAUGAAGUUUUCUUGUAAAAUAAAAUACAUUUUUCCAUUA